CCGCCCCGCCCCUCCUCGUCCCUGCGCGCCGGUCCGUGGGUGUGUGGGUCUGUCCCAGCCGGGCACCCCACCGCGCUACGCCGUGGUAGCGAGCGACCCCCGCCCGCCCGCGAGGGCUGCGGAGGAUCGCAGGGCGCAGCCCUCCGCUCCGCUCCCGCGGGAAGAGGAAGCAAACCUUCAGGAGGCCGGAGGCGCGUGCGGCGGCCGGGCUGAGUUUCAAGUUUCUUAUUUCUAUGGAUCACUGAUUGAGUAAAAGAUGGCUUUACCUCGACUCACAGGAGCCUUGCGCUCCUUUUCAAAUGUCACCAAGCAAGAUAAUUAUAAUGAAGAAGUAGCUGACUUAAAGAUGAAGCGAUCCAAGCUUCAUGAACAAGUUUUAGAUUUGGGCCUCACAUGGAAGAAGAUAGUCAAAUUUUUGAAUGAAAAACUAGAGAAGAAUAAAAUGCAAAGUAUAAAUGAAGACUUAAAAGAUAUACUGCAAGCUGCAAAACAGAUCGUUGGAACAGAUAAUGGGAGAGAAGCAAUUGAAAGUGGAGCUGCAUUUCUCUUUAUGACAUUUCACUUGACGGACUCUGUUGGUUACACGGAGACAAAAGCCAUCAGACAGAUGUUUGGUCCCUUUCCAUCGUCAUCUGCUACUGCAGCUUGUAAUGCCACUAAUCGAAUUAUUUCUCAUUUUAGUCAGGAUGAUCUGACUGCUCUUGUCCAGAUGGCAGAAAAUGAAUGUAGUGAUGUAGUGGUUUUUGGUAAAAACUUAGCAUUUUCCUUUGACAUGCAUGAUCUGGACCACUUUGAUGAAUUGCCAAUAAAUGGUGAAGCCCAGAAAACUAUCAGCUUAGACUACAAGAAGUUCCUGAAUGAACAUUUUCAGGAGCACUACACCCCUGAACUCAAGCCAGUGGAAAAAGCAAAUGGUUCCUUUUUGUGGUGUGAAGUUGAGAAGUACUUGAAUGCAACUUUAAAGGAAAUGACUGAAGCACCGAGAAUUGAAGAUCUUUGCUGUACCUUAUAUGACAUGCUUGCUUCGGUUAAAAGCGGUGAUGAACUUCAGGAUGAGCUUUUUGAAUUGCUGGGACCUGAAGGACUUGAUCUGAUUGAGAAGCUCCUCCAGAACAGAAUUACAAUUGUAGAUCGAUUUCUUAAUUCCUCAACUGAUUAUAAGUUCCAGGCUCUUCAAGAUAGUUGUAAAAAAUUUUUAGGAGAGAAUACUAAGCCUAAUUAUGGAUGUCAAGUUACUAUUCAAUCUGAACAAGAAAAACAGUUAAUGAAACUUUUUCGCCGUGAAGAAAAGAGAAUUGCCAGACGAGAAAAAAAGGCUGGAGAAGACGGGGAAGUUCCUGGGGAAGGACUUUUGUCCUUUGAUCCUAAGGAACUCCGGAUACACAGAGAACAGGCACUUCUGAAUGCUAGAAGUGCUCCAAUUCUGGGCAGGCAGAGAGACACGGAAGUUGAAAAAAUCCAUUAUCCCCAUGUUUAUGAUUCCCAGGCUGAGGCCCGAGAAACAUCAGCAUUUAUUGCUGGUGCCAAGAUGAUUUUACCAGAAGGAAUUCAAAGAGAGAAUACCAAGUUAUAUGAAGAAGUACGGAUCCCUUAUAGUGAACCAAUGCCAGUUGGCUUUGAGGAAAAGCCAGUUUAUAUCCAAGAUUUGGAUGAGAUCGGACAGUUGGCUUUUAAAGGAAUGAAGAGACUCAAUAGAAUCCAGUCCAUAGUGUUUGAGACUGCUUAUAACACCAAUGAGAACAUGCUGAUUUGUGCCCCUACUGGAGCUGGGAAGACCAACAUUGCGAUGCUUACAGUUUUACAUGAAAUCCGACAACACUUUCAACAAGGUGUUAUUAAAAAGAAUGAGUUUAAGAUUGUGUAUGUUGCUCCAAUGAAAGCCUUGGCAGCGGAAAUGACAAAUUACUUCAGCAAACGUCUAGAGCCACUGGGCAUUGUAGUGAAAGAAUUGACUGGAGAUAUGCAGUUGUCAAAAAGUGAAAUUUUACGAACUCAGAUGCUCGUGACCACACCGGAAAAAUGGGAUGUAGUAACAAGAAAGAGUGUUGGGGAUGUUGCUCUUUCUCAAAUUGUAAAACUCCUGAUUCUUGAUGAAGUUCACUUGCUUCAUGAAGACCGGGGUCCAGUUCUGGAAAGCAUAGUUGCAAGGACCUUACGACAGGUUGAAUCCACACAGAGUAUGAUAAGAAUUCUCGGGCUGUCUGCAACCUUACCCAACUACCUCGAUGUUGCUACAUUUCUGCAUGUUAACCCUUACAUUGGACUUUUUUAUUUUGAUGGCCGUUUUCGACCUGUACCUCUUGGACAGACAUUUUUAGGUAUUAAAAGUGCAAAUAAGAUGCAGCAGUUGAAUAACAUGGAUGAAGUGUGCUAUGAAAGCGUUUGGAAACAAGUAAAGGCUGGACACCAGGUUAUGGUGUUUGUACAUGCUCGCAAUGCCACUGUAAGGACAGCCAUGUCUCUAAUAGAAAGAGCAAAAAAUAGUGGCCAGAUUUCCUACUUUCUGCCUACCCAAGGACCAGAGUAUGGACAUGCAUUAAAACAGGUACAAAAGUCAAGAAAUAAGCAAGUGCGAGAAUUAUUCUCUGAAGGCUUUAGCAUUCAUCAUGCAGGGAUGCUUCGGCAAGACAGGAGUUUGGUUGAAAACUUGUUUUCAAAUGGGCACAUCAAAGUCCUCGUCUGUACAGCCACCUUAGCCUGGGGUGUCAAUCUUCCUGCGCAUGCCGUUAUUAUUAAGGGAACACAAAUAUAUGCUGCCAAAAGAGGCUCCUUUGUUGACCUUGGAAUUUUAGAUGUCAUGCAGAUAUUUGGCCGAGCUGGACGACCACAAUUUGACAAAUUUGGGGAAGGAAUCAUUAUAACAACACAUGAUAAACUCAGCCAUUACCUCAGUUUACUCACUCAACAAAACCCAAUUGAGAGUCAGUUUCUGGAAAGCCUUGCAGAUAACUUAAAUGCAGAGAUUGCUCUAGGAACAGUUACCACUGUGGAAGAAGCAGUGAAGUGGAUAAGUUACACUUAUCUGUAUGUGCGGAUGAGAGCAAAUCCAUUAGCAUAUGGCAUCAGUCAUAAAGCAUACCAGAUUGACCCAACAUUAAGAAUGCAUCGAGAACAGCUAGUCAUUGAAGUUGGACAAAAGCUGGAUAAAGCUAAGAUGAUUCGUUUUGAAGAGCGAACUGGUUAUUUUUCCUCUACUGAUUUGGGUAGAACUGCCAGCCACUACUAUAUUAAAUACAACACCAUUGAGACAUUUAAUGAACUCUUUGAUGCACACAAAACAGAAGGUGAUAUCUUUGCUAUUGUCUCCAAAGCUGAAGAAUUUGAUCAAAUUAAGGUCAGAGAAGAGGAAGUAGAGGAGCUAGAUGCCUUGUUAAACAAUUUCUGUGAACUCUCAGCUCCUGGAGGUGUGGAAAAUAGUUACGGGAAAAUAAACAUCUUGCUUCAGACCUACAUUAGCCGAGGAGAGAUGGACAGUUUCUCCCUUAUAUCAGAUUCUGCAUAUGUUGCCCAGAAUGCAGCUAGAAUUGUUCGUGCUCUCUUUGAAAUUGCACUGAGGAAACGUUGGCCUACCAUGACCUACAGGCUUCUGAAUCUUAGUAAAGUCAUCGACAAGAGACUCUGGGGUUGGGCUAGCCCUUUGAGACAAUUUUCUGUGUUACCACCACACAUUCUAACAAGAUUAGAAGAAAAAAACCUCACUGUGGAUAAACUCAAAGACAUGAGAAAGGAUGAAAUAGGUCACAUUUUGCAUCACGUGAAUAUUGGACUGAAGGUUAAACAAUGUGUUCAUCAGAUCCCUUCUGUUACAAUGGAAGCUUCCAUUCAGCCCAUCACACGGACUGUCCUCCGAGUGUCACUGAGUGUCCACCCGGAUUUCUCUUGGAAUGAUCAGGUCCAUGGAACAGUAGGGGAACCAUGGUGGAUUUGGGUGGAAGAUCCUACAAAUGACCAUAUUUAUCACUCAGAGUACUUUUUAGCUCUUAAAAAACAGGUUAUUAAUAAAGAACCUCAACUUCUGAUAUUCACAAUCCCUAUUUUUGAGCCUUUGCCCUCUCAGUACUACAUUCGAGCAGUGUCUGAUAGAUGGCUAGGGGCUGAGGCUGUUUGCAUUAUCAACUUUCAACAUCUGAUUCUACCAGAGAGACAUCCUCCCCAUACAGAAUUGUUGGACCUUCAGCCUUUACCAGUCACAGCUUUGGGGUGCAAAGCAUAUGAAGCUCUAUAUAACUUCAGCCACUUCAACCCAGUACAGACACAAAUAUUCCACACACUCUAUCACACAGACUGUAAUGUCCUGCUUGGAGCCCCCACUGGUUCAGGAAAGACGGUUGCAGCUGAAUUAGCCAUUUUCAGAGUCUUCAACAAGUAUCCCACUUCAAAGGCAGUGUAUAUCGCACCCCUGAAGGCUCUAGUGCGUGAAAGGAUGCAUGACUGGAGAAUUAGAAUAGAAGAGAAGCUUGGUAAAAAAGUUAUUGAACUGACAGGGGAUGUGACCCCAGACAUGAAAUCCAUUGCUCAGGCUGACCUUAUUGUCACAACACCAGAAAAGUGGGAUGGAGUCAGUCGAAGCUGGCAGAAUAGGAACUACGUUCAACAAGUUACUAUUCUCAUCAUAGAUGAGAUCCAUCUGCUUGGGGAGGAGAGAGGUCCAGUUCUAGAGGUCAUUGUAUCUCGAACAAACUUUAUUUCAUCACACACAGAGAAGCCUGUUAGAAUAGUUGGACUGUCCACUGCAUUAGCUAAUGCCAGAGACCUUGCUGACUGGCUCAACAUUAAGCAGAUGGGUUUGUUCAACUUCCGACCAUCAGUUCGCCCAGUUCCUCUGGAAGUCCACAUUCAAGGUUUCCCAGGUCAACAUUACUGCCCACGCAUGGCUAGUAUGAAUAAGCCUGCAUUUCAGGCAAUUAGAAGUCAUUCUCCAGCCAAACCUGUUUUGAUAUUUGUCUCAUCAAGACGUCAAACUCGACUUACUGCUUUAGAGUUGAUAGCUUUUCUGGCUACUGAAGAAGACCCAAAACAGUGGUUGAAUAUGGAUGAGCAAGAGAUGGAGAACAUCAUUGGGACAAUACGAGAUUCCAACCUGAAGCUGACUCUAGCUUUUGGGAUAGGAAUGCAUCAUGCUGGACUGCAUGAAAGAGACCGAAAAACUGUAGAAGAGCUGUUUGUGAACUGUAAAGUUCAGGUUCUCAUUGCUACAAGCACAUUAGCAUGGGGUGUAAACUUUCCAGCUCACUUAGUAAUUAUUAAAGGAACUGAAUAUUAUGAUGGAAAAACAAGACGUUAUGUGGAUUUUCCCAUCACAGAUGUGCUGCAGAUGAUGGGGCGAGCUGGGAGACCUCAGUUCGAUGACCAGGGCAAAGCUGUAAUUCUUGUUCAUGAUAUAAAAAAAGAUUUUUAUAAAAAAUUUCUUUAUGAACCUUUCCCAGUAGAAUCAAGCUUAUUAGGAGUGCUUUCUGACCACUUAAAUGCAGAGAUUGCUGGAGGUACAAUAACAUCUAAGCAAGAUGCAAUGGAUUAUAUCACAUGGACUUACUUUUUCCGACGUCUCAUCAUGAACCCAAGCUACUACAGCUUGGGUGACGUCAGCCAGGACUCCAUGAACAAGUUCCUGUCACAGCUGAUCGAGAAGUCUCUGGUUGAGUUGGAGCUUUCCCACUGCAUUGAAGUUGGAGAGGAUAACCGCAGCAUAGAGCCACUAGCAUGUGGCCGAAUUGCCUCCUAUUACUAUUUGAAGCACAAAACAGUCAAAAUGUUCAAGGACCGUUUGAAACCUGAGUGCAGCACUGAAGAAUUGCUUUCAAUUUUGAGUGAUGCAGAAGAAUACACAGACUUGCCAGUAAGACACAAUGAGGACCAUACAAACAGCGAAUUGGCCAAAUGUCUUCCCAUUGAAUUAAAUCCUCAUUCAUUUGACAGUCCUCACACCAAAGCGCAUCUCUUGCUUCAGGCACAUCUCAGCCGAGCUAUGCUGCCCUGCCCAGAUUAUGACACUGAUACCAAAACGGUCUUAGACCAAGCUCUCAGAGUAUGUCAGAUACAGUAGGAGAAAUAGUGGAACAGAGGAAGGAUUUCUCACUGGGAGAAUGAAUCAAGGAAAAGAUGAGGUCUACCAGAGUGCUGCAUCAGAAGCAUAUGACUGGAGCAUCACAUGCCAGAUUCUGCACACUUUGCAGCCCAGAUUUCUUAAAAUUAACUUCUGGUUUGGGAAGAAAUUUUUAAUCGUAGAGUUUUCCUUUACUAUUCUGUUUCAUUGGUUUUCUUGCAAUACAGUGAAAUUGACUUAAUUGUAUUAGUGCUCACUGUUAAGUUUGAUUUUUUUAUUAUUUUACUCGAGAAUGAAUUUUGUUUCAAAAAAUAAUGCCUGAAUAGCUACAGCUAUAUGUAUUAAAGCUAAUUCACGUUUUGUUUUCAAAACUUGUAUUGACAAAAUUUAUUAAUAGAGACAGUAAUUAUUUAAUUACAUCAUUUUGUUUAAAUUCAAUGUUCAUUUUCUAUGUGUGGGAAAGAAGAGGUUGUGAGUCAACUAGAAUCCUCUUUGAAAUAAGACAGCAUAUGUGUAUGUAAGUCAGCAGAGGUAGUGGAGUUUCAUGGAGUGAGCACAGGUCUGAAAUUGGAAAAACAAGAUUAAUCCUUACCUCCAUCACUCUUUUGUGUGUUAUUGCAUAGUCACUGACCUUCUGCAACAUUCUCUUUCCCUGUCUCACAGUUGCUAUGGGUAAGGAUUAAAUUAGGUUAUUUGUGAAAAUGUUUUAUAAUCUGUAUGCUAAUGUACAAAUAUUUUCAUCAUCAUGUUUGCACACACUAUAACUUUAUAUAUAAUUUACUGUUUGGGUAUUUUCACAAUAAUUGAAGAUUUGUAUUACUUGAUAAAUUUAUAUAUUCACUGUUUAAAGUAUAAUUUGCUGUCGGUGAAGAUGAUAAGAAAAAUAUUAUUAGAUUUGGAUAAACUUACUGGGUUUUCACUGUUAAGAUCAAACUUGAGAAGCCUAGGGAUUUCUGAGAUGGAUGUAUAGUAAAUGUUGAGGAUGUGAGGUCUGUCCAUACCCUAAAGCAUGCCUUCAACUAAACAGAUUUUCUUCUAGAGACCGUUCGUUCCUUCUGCUUUCCUUUACCUUCACAUGCCAUGAAUCACUUCAAAGUCCUUGAGGAUGAAAUGCCUCUAGGUGUAUACUCUCUCUUUCCUGGGGUUUGCCUCUGUUUCAUCUUCUUUCCAGUCUUGCUCCCUCACUCAGACAUAGGCCGACACAGACUAGUUCAUUCUCCUCUACUCUCCUCUGAAAUUCAUGCUGAGUAGUUCUUGUCCUACAGAGAUAAAAGCUAGCCUCCUGUUGUCUCUCCAACUAUUUCCUUCUAGGGAGCCAGCUUCUGCUAGAAAUCCAUUAGGUGUCUUUUGUUAACUGUUUCCUAAACUCUUUUUCCCUACCUUCCUCAAACAGAGUUCAUUAUUGCCAGUUUGCCAUCUUGAGCCCCAUCAUAGUGGCUUCAAUGGAUGGCUUUUUAAACAGCAUAAUCAUCUGCAACCCAUACUCCUGCACUUUGGUCAAUGUCAAACUGCCUCACCCAGCACCGGCAUGAUCACCACUUGAGUCUCCUCUCUCACAGUAUCCUUAUUGGUCAACUGGACUGAGCAUUUCUGGUACUAUCAUCAGGAAUCUUUUCUCCCCUUCCUGUUCUAUUAAUUUACUCCGUGUCCCCUUAUGAUUGUACUCAAAGUAGCCACUUUAACACUAGUGUCAGAAUGUGCUAAAAUCUCAUGCUGCCAUGGGUAACUAUGAACAGGAACUAUGAAUUCUCUGCCUUCAGGCCAUAAUCACUAAUUAUUGCUAGAAAUAAUCUCCGAACAUUGUUGAAUCCACUAUAGAGUCUUGCUGUUGACAGCAGGACUGUUCCAGGAUUUUUUCCAUCAUUGAUUCUACCCAGUUUUUCCUCCAAGUGUUUUUGCUCCCUUAAUGAAGAGAAUGUUAACCUUCAUCUACAGAGAUUUCCUUUGCUUUCCUUUCAUUGGUCCUAUGAGAUCUUCAGUGAUCAACAAAACUACUUUUCUGAACCCUCAUAUCCUGACUCCAGGAUUUUCUCUUCUCUGUACAGCUUAUUUGGUGUUUACUAGAAAUGACCUCAAAUGCUAGAGUCCACCUGAAAAGAUAGAAAACAAAUGUAAAUAUAUAUAUUAUAUAUGGUGUAUCUGUAGUCAUAUGUCAUUGCUGAAAUAUUAAAGCUUAUACAGAAGGUAGAAUUCUUUUAAAAAGUGACAGAUAUCAGACUCAGUUAUUCAGAUGUGGAAAAUGAACUUCGAUAAUUAACUAAUUUGCCCAGGGCCUUCCAGUUAGAGGUACAGUUCUAAGCUGUUGGUUUGUGUCUAACUUACCACACCAGCUACAAACCAGUGCCAAGUGUCUGAAUUGCACUGAAGUCUGUAGUCAUCAGCCUUCCAUACUCAACACUUCUACAUCUGCAUAUUCUGCCAACCAUGGAGCAAAAUAUUGGAAGAAUUCAGUCAGUGCUAGAUAUGGCCUUUUUUUUUCUCUUUUUCUUUUGUCAUUACUUAAGCAAUACAGUGUAUUAGGUAUCAUAAGUAAUCUGCAGGUGAUUUAAGGUAUAGAGGAAUAUAUGCAUAUGUUACAUAUAAAUACUACCAUUUUAAAUAGGAGACAUGAAUAUCCACAGAUUUUGGCAUCCUUCAGGGUCCUGGAACCAUUCCCUGACAAAUACUGAAACAAGAUUUUAUUUGCUUUAAUUGAGAAACAUUCUUGAAGUCCCAUUGAUCUAAUAUGCACAUUCCUCAUAAAAUCAGUUGUUCUAAAUUACAACCCCACUCAAAUUCUACACACUCUCCACUUUAUUCUGAAUUUCAUUGGCUGUUUACUAUAUUUACUAUUAUAUAUAUAUAUAUAUAUAUAUAUAUAUACUAUUAUACUAAUAUUAAUUAUAUAUACUAUUUACUAUGCUAAAUAUACCAUUGGAGGCAAGCUCCCAACAAUUUGAAUUUGAAUCUUAACCAGACUCAUUUUCUAAAAUUUUAUAGUCUUAGAUAAUGUUUUUUCUCUCUCCUAGCCAUGAUCUUCAUCUAUAAAAUGUGCUUAAAUUUAAUGUUACAUAAAAAAAUGCUAAUAGACUGUUUGACAAAUAGCAAGCAUUUAGCAAAUGUCUAUUCAAAUCACAAAUUACUUCCAGUGUGGUUGAGGAUGUUCAGAUGGCCUCCUGUGCCAUCCUCUCCUACCUUUCUGGGUCUUGCCUCCUGCCCCUACUCUGUUACUGAUUCCUUUGUUAGCAGUGCUGCUCAUUGUAACUUUCUGGCUGACCGCUUUGUGCCCUGGAUUUCUGAGUCCAGCUGUAGCAUAUACUCCCUGUGGAGCUUGUCUUACCUCAAUUACCCACCUGGCUUCAUAGCUCCAUCUCCAUUAAAAUGUGUCCAAAACCUAAUUCAGCAUAUCCAUUCCAGCCCACCUCUCUUCAGUGAAUAACAGACAUCCUGACUGUUUCUAUUAUGAUAGGUUUUUGUUGUCUAAUUUUAUAAAAAUGAAUGCAGUGCUAGAAAUCACAUUUUCAUUCCACUAUAGCUAGAGAUAAUAAUCAAUGAAAAUUGAUUCCAAUUCAGGAAGAGAAAGUCUUAUAAAGUGUCAGCCCCCGUCCAUGUUUUUCUGUACUCAGAAUCAUUAUAACUUGGUCUCCUCAGUGUGCCAAAGCAAUCUUCUGUGGUUGGCUGUCAGAUCUCUGUGAUAUGGAGUAACCUGGGAAAGACUGUUGUAAGAUAGUAAGACACAGUUUUUCCUGUGUCCCACCCAGUCUGCAGCUGCUCAGACCCAAGUAAACACAGAGGCUUAUAUUAAUUAAAACUGCUCAGCCAUAGCUCAGGCUUACUACAUACGAGCUCUUGCACUUAAACUCAGCCUAUUUCUGUUAAUCUAUAUGUUGCCACGUGUUCCGUGACUUUACCUAUGUGCCAUUACAUGCUGUUCCCUGGGCGGCGGGCUGGCAUCAGCCUUUAUCUUCCCAGAAUUCUCCUUGUCUGCUUAUCCCACCUAUACUUCCAGCCUGACUACUGGCCAAUCAGUGUUUUAUUAAACCAGUUUACAAAAGCAUUAUCCCACAGCACACAGAGUCCUUUCCAGGCUCAGUCAUAGCUGCCAGGAUCCUCAGUCUCCCAUUGUAAGCUGUAGUUGGAAGCUUUCCUGUGUCCUGCCCAGUCCCAUAGCCACUCAGACCCAAAUAAAUAUACAGAGGCUUAUAUUAUUUUCAAACUAUGGCCAUGGCAGGAUUCUUGCUAACUAGCUCUUAUAUCUUAAAUUAACCCAUUUCUAUAAAUCUGUACCUUGCCACGUGGCUUGUGGCUUAUUGGUACUUUACAUCUUGCUUCUCCUGGUGGUGGCUGGUAGCAUCUGCCCCAUUCUCCUUUCUCCUCUCCUAUCUCUCUUGGAUUUCCCCACCUGGCUCCAUCCUACCCUGCCAUAGGGCAAUGUAGCUUUAUUUAUCAACCAAUCAGAGCAACACAUAUUCACAGCAUACAGAAAGACAUCCCACAGCAGUAAUCCCUGUCAGUUAUGACCCUCUGAACAGUGGCAUGGGCUUCCAUUCCACCUGAGAAGCAGACUGAUAUCUCUGUUUGUCCUGCACAGCAGGACUGGUUCUUUGCCUUGUCCCUUGACAUUUUUGUAGUCACAAACCUCUCCUGAUGCCCAGCCCAUGCAUCUGCUCCUGGCCAUGCAUUCUCCUCUCCUCUACUCCUCCUACCCUCUGUAGAAAUGGGCAUGAAAGAGAUAAAAGGAAAUCUCUGCUAGGAGAGGGGAAAAAGUAUUGUUUUAUGAUGUUUAAAUGGGUCUCUGUUCAUUACUGUCUCCUGUGCAGCAGACAGCUGCUGGAAGAUUCAUGUAUAUUUUCUCUUUGCUUCCAUAGAACCUCUUCAGUAGUGUAAAGAGACUUUCUCAAAUUUAGAUGUGAUAAAUGGGAUAAAAUUAGGAUCCAAAUCUAUGUCUGACUCAAAGUUUGUUUGUUUUUCUUUUAUACUGCUUUUAGUAUAUCUCAAUGAUUUAGUCAUAAUGUUAUAAUCAUUAUUGUUGGAUUUUUAUGUAUGCUUUAAUAAAGCAAAUAUGUCUUAACUAGCAUUUUAUUGCUGUGAAUAGACACUGUGACCGUGGUAGCUCUUAUAAAGGAAAACAUUUAACUGGGGCUGGCUUACAAAGUUCAGAGGUUUAGUCCAUUAUCAUGGUGGAAAGCAUGGCAGCACAAAGGAUGACAUGGUGCUGGAGAGAAGCUGAGAGAUCAACAUCUGCAUCUGCAGGCAGCAGGAAGAGAGAGACGCUGGGCCUGUCUUGAGCUUCUGAAACCUCAAAGCCCACCCACGGUGACACACCUUCUCCAACAAGGCCACACCUCCAAUAAUGCCACUCCCUGAGUCUGUGGGGGCUGUUUUCAUUCAGAAUGCCACAAAAUAUUUACUGAAUAGACUGUGCUAGGGCUAGAAUUACAAAGAAUGAUUACAAAUUCUCAAGAGAAGAAGUCUGUAGUUUACAGGAUAAUAUGUAAACAGAGAAUCGCAUUAAGGUAAUGGUCAUCUACCUUGAGGUAGAGGCAGAGGAGACAAACUAUAUCUGUCUGGAAGAAUCAGGAAGGUUUCAAAUGAUAAAUGGGAAAUUCUCAAGUAUUGAAGAUUAAAAAAGUGAUAGUGUAAAUCUAGAGAACGCCAGUCAUUUUGUAUUACUGCACUGAGAGUAUAUUGGGCAAGAUGACCAAAGAGAAAAGAGAGACAGUAGUUACAGGGUUUGACUGCUGUGCAAGGACGUGUCUGUUUUGUCCACCACACAGUGUGAUGUCAUUGAAAAUACUUGUAGAGAGAUGGACUGAUUAGUUUUACUUCUUUAGAAAUUCAUUUUAGUAAGAAAAUUAAGUAUUGAUUAAACAAAACUGAGUUAGAAUGGGAAUAAAUGGAGACAGAGGCUAAGCAGUGAGGCAUCCCUGUCCUUUCUAUAAAUUAAAGUUUCCAUCGCGAUAGAACUUUCACUUGAUGUAAGUGCUUACCUUGCAUUAUUUUCUUUUUGUAUUUUCACAUCUGGAUCAUACAAUGAAAACUUGUGGAGAACACUCAUAAAUUUUAUGAAAUCUUUCAACUUCAUAAUGAAAACUUCAAAGUUAAAACCAUAUGGUUAGUCCAUCCAACUAUAGAUGUGAGCUUUUGUUCUGGAAUUUAUUUCCAGUCACAUUACAAUACAAAAUCAAAAGUAAAAUUGUUGUUGUUGGUCCUCAUUACAAGUUCUAAAUGCAUCAUUGUAUUGCAUUAGUACAGUUACUCAUUUCUCUUUUCUGUUCUCUAAGCUGGUCUCAAGCGUUGUGAUUUGAGAACUAUAUUAUUUUCUACAUAGCAUUAUUUUAUAACUUGUUUGUCUCGUACAUCUUAAAGAAAUUCUGCUUUGCAAAAAAAGAAGAAAUGUACACAUACAAUGUUUCUCGGAGUUCAUGUGUGCAUGAAACAUUCACAUAUGCACAUACUUAUGUAUCCACACGUGUGUGUAUGUAUAAGUAUAUAUAUACACACACACAUACAUACAUCUCCAGGCUUUUGGUGUGUAGCUAGCAGCCCAACAGGUGCUAAGGACCAGCUUGAUCAUUCUGUCACACUAAUCAUUAUAUCCAAGAACCCUGGUCCAUUUCCCUGUAUUGUACAUAAAAAGAAUGUAGACUUUAUUUGACAAGUUUUUGUAAUUUACUUUUUGUGUAUUAUAGAACACCGUUGGAAAUUUAAAGCUUAGGAGAAUAUAUUCACAUUGAUACCACAAAAUGAUAGUAUGGCACAUUACUAACAUAGCUUAAAUCAUUUCUAAAAGUAGACUUUGUACAACAUUUUAUAAUAUCUUACCAUCAGUGAAAUAUUUACUGUUAAAGUAUCAUUGUAAUGGAGUACUAGGUACAUCCCAAAACAAGCUAGUACAGUCCCGAAACUGUACAAUUGCCCAAUAUCAUAUUAACUUACAUGUCUUUCAGUCAGCAUUCUGCAGAAUCUAAUUUAAUUGAAAUCACUUUGCUUAUGUAAACUUCUCCUCUGUUUAAAUAAGAUUUCACUGUUUAGUUUUGCCUUAAGCAAAUGCAGCCUUUUGUUUGUCCAUAAAACAUUAGAUUAAAUGUAUAGUCCAAUAUGGGUAGCUUCCGUCACUACGCAUGGGCCACAGGCAGUUGCCUAUAUACAGUGUGCUCUAUUGUCAUUAAGAGUCCGCCUGUAUCCUUAGCCUGCUCUUUCAGGAAAAUGUUCUUUUAAUAAAAAAACAAAUAAAUAAUAAACUUUUCCCCUAUGGUUACUGAUUUUACAUUUGAAAGACAGUAAAAUUUACAUUUUAAAUGCU